AUGUCAUCAUCACCACCAUCACCACCAUUAUCACCAACAUCGCCAACAUCACCAUCAAUCCUCAACCACAUCUCCAAGCACCGACCUCUCCUACAGCUCUCUAUAAAACCCCACAGACCCUCUACCAUGUCUGCUCCUCCCAAAAUCAUGAUUUCCCAUGUCUUUGGCAGCACUACAGCGCCGAGUACCCCUCCAAAGCGUACUCCCUCAGUCAUCUCCUCGCCCACAAUAGUCCCCCUAAAACUCUCACCAAUCAAAACUCCUCCUCCACUUCCACCAUCAAUAAUACCACCAACCCACCAAAGCUUCACACCAAAAUCCACAAAAGACACAUCCUCCACCACUUCUAUAACCAGCACCAUCGCCUUCCAAAAAGCUUUAUCGACGGUCUACUCAUCCUCUAAACCCGACGGAUCCGACUACCUCUGGUGCCCAGUCUUCAAACAAUACCUCCCACAUUCUCUAAUAAAACACUUCCAAAUCAUCACCCCAAGCCCAUACUACUCUCAAGCAAUUGGCUAUCUCUUCGGAAACAUCAAGGAUGGAGAAUCUCACUUCAAUUCCUUAGCAAACGGAAUGAUCAUGGCGAAAUGUAUCGCAAACCUUCUUAUCUCUGGAGAUUUUGCUAUCAUCCCCGUCUCUGAAAACGUCGAGAAUGAUUUAUCCCAUCCGGCCUUUAGAGCUAGUAGCAGUGGUAGUACUACUACUACUUCUAUUACUACUACUGAUAACAAUAAAAAUAGUGUUAGCGAUAUUGGGAGUAAAGCAUGGAACCAACUAACCCUCGAAGAACAAAACUCCCUCCUCGAUCUCCAAGAACUCAAACAAUCCAUCAAACCCAUCUCACCAACUCCAAACCCAGGUAUAAAACUAAAACUAGUUUUAAUGAAACCCUAUAAUUCAAACACCAGAAUCGAAGACAUGGACCUCCUCUACGCGGACAUUCACAACACCAUCUUGGAAUUCAAAUCCUCUUUCCGUCCAGACCUUCGCUACUGCUACUUUCGAUACAUAAGUAGUAUCCUGAUCUGGUUAAACCUAGAGGAAGCAAAGGUAUUCAAAAACGCUUGGAUACCGAAAGAGAAAUGGCUUCGUGAGAGUUUGGUGGUCGAAAUGGCUAGACCUGAAAGACUUGCCAAUUGGGAAGUUUAUGAAGAGAUAAUUUGUGGUAAUGGCCUUUUUGAUGAUGGAGGUGAGGAUGGGGAUACCGUUGUUAAAAUGGAUAAUGGCUGGAUGACGACUAAGUCCGGUGAGAUGGCUGCUCAACUGGAGUGGGGAUUACUAACUUCCCCAGACUAUAUGUUUCCACCUCAUGGGCAUGAACUGCAUGUUUAA